UAUUUGAUGAAACACAGGAACGAUUAAAGGAGAACAUAUUUGUUUACAUAGAUCCGAAGUUGAAAUGUUCUCAGUUUCUCUGACAUCUUCUGGUUUCGAAAUUAGCCAGGGACAUUUUACUAUUUAAUAGCUUACAAACAGUGAAAACCCAUUCAAUUGUCUUGUUUAGUUAGUUCUCUGGAGCAGGUUUUCCGCUUGCUACGAGGGUAGCUAGCUAGCUCGAUGUUAGCAGCAAUCUAUCGUUUGCUAUACAUUUCACGAUGGACGACAGACUAUGAAAUUUGACCUCCGAUGUUAUAAACAAAUUUAAAGGUUGUUAUUUGCAGUUUUACAAAAAUGGAUAUCAGUCUAACAAUUUCACUAAUGCGGGGCCAGAUGGGUACGGUGAUAGAGAGAGCGGUUAGCGCCGCUGUUGAGACUGUGUUGGGGGAGAUGCUUAGAGUGGUCGGCAUUAAAUUUGACGAGCUGAAGAUGGAAGUAGUAGCUAAAGAGAAAGAGGCGGAGAACAUAAGACAGUUGCUGGAGAUAUCCCGAUCUCAGAUGAAGACAAUGCGGAAACACAUGAACGCUCUGGGUGAGAACGCACACGGUGCCACUUAUCAGACCUACCGGACAGCAUUCGGCCAUUCUGAUCCCCGCAGAAUUCACGGUUCCUCCGAGGCCGCACUGUCCUCGGGUUUACCACAGCCGCCGAGAAGGACGGUUCCAAACAACAACCAAAUCCCCACUACAAAUGGAAACUUACAGGCAAGGAAUCGAGUCACCAUCACCCUACCCUCUGAGAAUAUGGUCAGGGCCACCCAGCCCUCUGAUAACUUGGUCAGGGCCACCCAGCCCUCUGAUAACUUGGUCAGGGCCACACAGCCCUCAGAUAACUUGGUCAGGGCCACACAGCCCUCUGAUAACUUGGUCCGGGCCACCCAGCCGUCUGAUAACUUGGUCAGGGCCACACAGCCCUCUGAUAACUUGGUCAGGGCCACACAGCCCUCUGAUAAUAUGGUAACCGUUAGGGCCACAUCAACAUCCUUUGACAGUCACGAUGAUCUGACAACUGUGAUCUCCCAGACUCUGGAGGACCGGACAUUGACACCCACUAUCUCUGCAAUGAAUAGUUCAUCAGAGCAUCUGGAACCUUUGAAAGAGGAGCACCCAGCCCCCCUUGACCCCGAGGUGUCUGAUGAGAGCCAGAGGAGGAGGGAGGAGGAAGAAGAAGAGUGUCAGGCCGAGUGGACCAUAAGUACACAGCCACCAGAGACAAGCACAGACCCUGGGGCCCAGCUGGUCCUCUCCCCACCCAGGACUGAUGGAGCAGACUGCUCUGCCAGGAGUGUACUGCCACCCUCCCAGCUCCUGUCCCAGUUCCAAGUGAAAGAGGAGGAAGCUGAGGUGGAGAUUAUCUGUAUCAAACAGGAACCAGAGGAGGUGGAGACCCUGCUGAUAAACCUGGCUGCUGAAAGCUUCAACUCUCAGGGCAACCUUUUAGACAGGCAGACUCAGGGAAACCUCCUCCUGGACAGUCACAGGACUGGAGGCUCUCAGAACCAGAGGGAUAGGAGAGCACCCCGUCCACCACAGAGCCAGAGGACCUUAGCAGAGAAUACACCCUUCACCUCAGCCGACUCUUGUUCAUAUGGGCUGUCCCAGGCAGUGAUGUCAGGAGGAGUUGCUCCCAGGCCGAUGGUGCGUCCGUGGCCCAAAGACCUGAGUCUGUACGAGGAGUUUAAAAUGAGACGAACUGAGCUGAGGAGGAGGAGCCAGACCCGUCAGAGGGAGAUGGAGAAGAACCUUCCCCAGCCUCUAUUAGCUGACCUGGUGAAGGAGAGACGGGAGAAGACCCGGCUCAGAGUGGCCCGCUGGAGAGCCAAGAGGAAGCUGCAGGCCUGCCUACUGACUCAGAUGACCCAGCAGACACAACACCAACAGACUGGAUCGGGUCUGGCCCAGGGGAAUAGUCUGAACAGUGGGCUGGGGAAUCAUAGCCAGAUUAGCCACCACACACAGCACAAAACCACAGGCCCCACUCAGACUCAACAGAGAGACGGCGCUGUCGUUUCUCAAUCUCAGUACAAUAACAGUUUUCUGUACAACAGAAGUCACUGUGACUCUGGGCCUAGUAACAUUAACUACCCUCCUCUCCAGUUCAACUCCUCUCUAAUGCUGGGGCAACAUGGAGGACACAAUAUGGUGGAGCACAUUAUGCAGCCUGCAAUGAUAUCGGCCUCACAGCAGGGCCUCUCCUUGACAGACUCUGAGCUCUACCAGUAACAAGGGAUCAUGGGUAUUCAAAUCUUACCCCUACAAGUUCUGGAUUACUGCUGUUUUUUUUUUUUUGUUCUACCUGAUAAUGAAUUACACCCACCUGGUGUCCCAGGUCUAAAUCAGUCCCUGAUUAGAGGGGAAUCACCCACCUGGUGUCCCAGGUCUAAAUCAGUCCCUGAUUAGAGGGGGAAUCACCCACCUGGUGUCCCAGGUCUAAAUCAGUCCCUGAUUAGAGGGGAAUCACCCACCUGGUGUCCCAGGUCUAAAUCAGUCCCUGAUUAGAGGGGAAUCACCCACCUGGUGUCCCAGGUCUAAAUCAGUCCCUGAUUAGAGGGGAAUCACCCACCUGGUGUCCCAGGUCUAAAUCAGUCCCUGAUUAGAGGGGAAUCACCCACCUGGUGUCCCAGGUCUAAAUCAGUCCCUGAUUAGAGGGGAAUCACCCACCUGGUGUCCCGGGUCUAAAUCAGUCCCUGAUUAGAGGGGAAUCACCCACCUGGUGUCCCAGGUCUAAAUCAGUCCCUGAUUAGAGGGGAAUCACCCACCUGGUGUCCCAGGUCUAAAUCAGUCCCUGAUUAGAGGGGAAUCACCCACCUGGUGUCCCAGGUCUAAAUCAGUCCCUGAUUAGAGGGGAAUCACCCACCUGGUGUCCCAGGUCUAAAUCAGUCCCUGAUUAGAGGGGAAUCACCCACCUGGUGUCCCAGGUCUAAAUCAGUCCCUGAUUAGAGGGGAAUCACCCACCUGGUGUCCCAGGUCUAAAUCAGUCCCUGAUUAGAGGGGAAUCACCCACCUGGUGUCCCAGGUCUAAAUCAGUCCCUGAUUAGAGGGGAAUCACCCACCUGGUGUCCCAGGUCUAAAUCAGUCCCUGAUUAGAGGGGAAUCACCCACCUGGUGUCCCAGGUCUAAAUCAGUCCCUGAUUAGAGGGGAAUCACCCACCUGGUGUCCCAGGUCUAAAUCAGUCCCUGAUUAGAGGGGAAUCACCCACCUGGUGUCCCGGGUCUAAAUCAGUCCCUGAUUAGAGAGGAAUCACCCACCUGGUGUCCCGGGUCUAAAUCAGUCCCUGAUUAGAGGGGAAUCACCCACCUGGUGUCCCGGGUCUAAAUCAGUCCCUGAUUAGAGGGGAAUCACCCACCUGGUGUCCCAGGUCUAAAUCAGUCCCUGAUUAGAGGGGAAGAGUGGAACUGGCUUUGUGGUCCACAUUUGAAUUAGAUGACAGGAGACCAACAUUACAGUACCAAUUCUACCAAUUCUACUCUACCAGUUCUACUCUACCAGUUCUACUCUACCAGUUCUACUCUACCAGUACCAGUUCUACUCUACCGGUUCUACUCUACCAGUUCUACUCUACCAGUACCAGUUCUACUCUACCAGUACCAGUUCUACUCUACCAGUUCUACUCUACCAGUACCAGUUCUACUCUACCGGUUCUACUCUACCAGUUCUACUCUACCAGUACCAGUUCUACUCUACCAGUUCUACUCUACCAGUACCAGUUCUACUCUACCAGUUCUACUCUACCAGUACCAGUUCUACUCUACCAGUUCUACUCUACCAGUUCUACUCUACCAGUUCUACUCUACCAGUUCUACUCUACCAGUACCAGUUCUACUCUACCAGUACCAGUUCCACUUUACCAGUACCAGUUCUACUCUACCAGUUCUACUCUACCAGUUCUACUCUACCAGUUCUACUCUACCAGUUCUACUCUACCAAUUCUACUCUACCAAUUCUACUCUACCAGUUCUACUCUACCAGUUCUACUCUACCAGUUCUACUCUACCGGUUCUACUCUACCAGUUCUACUCUACCAGUUUUACUCUACCAGUACCAGUUCUACUCUGCCGGUACCAGUUCUACUCUACCAGUACCAGUUCUACCAGUACCAGUUCUACUCUACCAGUUCUACUCUACCAGUACCAGUUCUACUCUACCAGUACCAGUUCUACUCUACCAGUACCAGUUCUACUCUAUCAGUUCUACUCUAUCAGUUCUACUCUAUCAGUUCUACUCUAUCAGUUCUACUCUACCAGUUCUACUCUACCAGUUCUACUCUACCAGUACCAGUUCUACUCUACCAGUUCUACUCUACCAGUACCAGUUCUACUCUACCAGUUCUACUCUACCAGUUCUACUCUACCAAUUCUACUCUACCAGUACCAGUUCUACUCUACUAGUACCAGUUCUACUCUACCAGUACCAGUUCUACUCUACCAGUACCAGUUCUACUCUACCAGUACCAAUAGAGCGGAGGAUGUGUUUUGUAGAGUCACCCUAUUCCCUAUGUAGUGCACUACGUUUGACAAAGGUCUUUAUGGCUCUGGUCAAAAGUAGUGCACUAUAUAGGGAAUAGGGUAUCAUUUUCAGACACAGCCUAUGUCUUCUGAUGCAGGGCCAAUAACAUGAGAUAUUUCAAAGGGACUUGUGUGAAUGCAAAAUUAUCCAAAUUGCCUGUGACAAAUUGAUAAAAAAAGGCUUUUAUUUUAGGAUAAUAACCUAAUAAUGAUAAUUGAAUUGCUUUAAACAAUUACCUGAGAAUGUUUUGAUGUACAACAAAAGUCUUUAUUAAAAUACAUUAUUUAUAUUAACUUGAAUAAUGACCAGCCCUACGUGUCUACGAAUAUGGAAGAUAAAUCACUGUCCCUGAGUAACUAAGAGGAUCGUCAUGCUGAAUACUUCUGUGUCAAACAAACGUUUUUAUUGUCAAUAUUAUUUAAUCAACUGUUAUUUAUACCUUGUAUUGCUCUGUAACUGGAUUUAAAUCAUGAUAAUAUACUUAUAAGCUCUAUUCAGAUAUAGGCCUAUUCAAUGAUAUAUUAGGAAACUAUCCAAUACAUUAUGAGUCACUUUUUUGAGUUAGGCCUAGUCUUUGAUCAGACUGGAUUCUCAUGCUGCAUUCCUCCUGUCCCUACUUGAUAGUUUCAUUAGCAGUGUUCAAUGUUAACAGCUGUUUCCAUUAACCUGUCCAGUCAUUAUGUUUUGGCAGCAUUUAGAAAAGAUUACAUAGAGAAUAGAUGGGACUAUUUCCUGUUGCUGUGCAUUUCCAUUGUCCAUAUAAACAGCUGGAUGGAAUGACGUCACACCUAUAAAUAAAAAAACACACUUAGUGAAAACCGAGUGUCGAAGGUAAAGGAAGUGGGCGAAGUGUUUCCAUUAUCCAUUUGGGCAAAUUGUGCAUUAAUAAAUUGGCGAUAGCCUGUAUGCCCUCCCA